CAACACUCCUUCAUUGCACCACUUCACAGUGAGCUAGAAGAACUGCUCUUCUUUGAACUAACAAUGAGGGCUGUUUCAUGUUGUGUUGGGGUUGCUUUCUUGUGCGUUUUUGUUGUCAGUGGUUUGGUUUUGGCUGAUGUUGGAGGGGUUGAUCAGGAUGACAAACAUUUCUUUCACCCCCCGCUUUUGCUUGGGGGGGGAGGUCUAGGUCAUGGGAUAUAUAAGAAGGGGUUUAGACAUGGUGGUCUUGGUGGUGGGGGUGGUCUUGGUGGUGGUGCAGGAGGUGGCUUAGGUGGUGGUGGGGGCCUAGGUGGAGGUGCAGGAGGUGGCUUAGGUGGUGGUGGUGGCCUAGGUGGAGGUGCAGGAGGUGGCCUAGGUGGAGGUGCAGGAGGUGGCUUAGGUGGUGGUGGUGGCCUAGGUGGAGGAGGUGGACUCGGUGGUGGUGCUGGUGGAGGAGCUGGUGGUGGUGGGGGUCUAGGUGGUGGAGGUGGACUCGGUGGUGGUGCUGGUGGAGGAGUUGGUGGUGGUGGGGGUCUAGGUGGUGGAGGUGGACUCGGUGGUGGUGUUGGUGGAGGCGUUGGUGGAGGAGCUGGUGGUGGUGGGGGUGUAGGUGUUGGAGGUGGACUCGGUGGUGGUGGGGGUGUAGGUGUUGGAGGUGGACUCGGUGGUGGUGGGGGUGUAGGUGGUGGUGCUGGCGGUGGUGCUGGUGGAGGCAUUGGUGGAGUUGGUGGUGGUGGGGGUCUAGGCGGCGGAGGUGGACUUGGUGGUGGUGGUGGAGCUGAGGUGCAGGUGGCAUUGGUGCAGCUGGUGGAGUUGGAGGAGGCACUGGAGGAGGGCUUGGAGCAAGUGGAGGUGUUGGUGGUGGACUUGGUGGUGGCGGAGGUGGUGGUGGCGGCGGAGGAGGUGGAUUUGGUGGAGGUGGUGGCUUUGGGGGUGGUGGUGGCUUUGGUGCUGGUGGUGGAGCUGGAUUUGGUGGUGGACACUAGAGUGCAGAAACUACAAAUAUUGACCUUUUCAUCUGCUGCGACUAAUCAAUGCUUGUUCAUAGCACAUGUUCCUAAUUUGAAGAGGGUGAAUGCUAAGGCUAAAGAUCGUAUUACUCAUACUCUGGAAGUUCGUAAGGCUAAUGUUAAGAACUUGCAAGAUUGUGUUGCCAAAUACAAGGCAAGUGCUGACAAGAAGUGGCGUUAUGUGGAAUUUGAAGAAUAA